CUUCUUCUUCUUCCCAUUUCUAGUUCAUGCUAUCCCUUAUUGCUUUCUCCUCAAAUGGAUCCACAAAAGCUGAUAAAUUUCAGAUCAUUUCCCUAUGUAAUGAUCAUCUUCUUGACCACCUUAGCAAUGGCACCCGGAACCCUGUCCGACGACUCGCACUUCGAAGCUUGUAUGCCUCGAAGCUGUGGUAACGGUCCGGAUAUAAGCUACCCUUUUUGGAUUUUUGAAGAACAAGAAUCGUUUUGCGGCUACCCGAACUUCGAGAUCACCUGCAAAGGGAAAGAUCCUAUACUCAAAAUUUCUGAGGAAACUUACAUCGUCAGAGAUAUAUUUUACAACAACAAUUCAUUGCUUGUUGUCAACGCUGUAGUUCAUGAGGGUUAUUGUCCGACUCCACGGGAAAAUGUUAGUCUCGAUCGAACUCCGUUUAGCCUUAGUCCUGAUAAUGUCAAUCUUUCCUUUUUAUACUACUGUGAGGGGCAACCGACGUACCAUACGUAUCCAGUAAAUUGCGCUAGCAAUACUUCAUUCCAUUCCUUUGCUGUUUUCCACAAAGAAGCUUUGGAGAAUACUAAUUAUUCGAUCGAUUCAUGCCGGACUCUGAUCGAAUCCCCCGUGUAUGUCGACAAUGAUGUUAGUUUCGUUAGCUUAUUAGGAAUGAAUUAUACCGACGUUUUGAAGUUGGGGUUCGUUUUGAACUGGACUGCACAUAGUUGCAGCAACUGUAAGAGAAGUGGAGGCCGCUGCGGUUUUGGUUAUACUCAUGAAUUCGUUUGCUUUUGCUCGGACGGACCUCAUCCUAGGACCUGCAACGAUGAUCACGGUUAUAGCUUGCACACAAAGCUGCUUAUCGGUUUCUGUGCCGCCGCUGGAGGAAUACUAAUCUCAUGUGCCGUCUUCUAUUUUUGGCUACAACGUCGUCGCGGUAAAGGGAUCUUCAAAUCAUAUUUCCUUACCAGCAAGAACUCUUUGGACCGCUCAUCGGUGGUCGAUGGUGAGAAGGGUGAUAGCUUUGAUUUCGUCCAUGUAUUCACCUAUAAGGAACUUGAAGAAGCUACCAACAAUUUCGACUCGAAUAGGGAGCUUGGUGAUGGAGGCUUUGGAACUGUAUAUUAUGGCAAACUUCGAGACGGUCGAGCUGUCGCUGUUAAACGCUUGUACGAACACAACUACAAGAGAGUUGAGCAAUUCAUGAACGAAGUUGAGAUCUUAACUCGGUUGCGCCAUCAAAAUCUCGUCUCACUUUACGGAAGUACGUCGAAGCACAGUCGGGAGCUCUUGCUUGUAUACGAAUAUAUAUCGAAUGGCACCGUUGCAGACCAUCUUCAUGGUGAACUUGCCAAACCUGGGGCACUCUCUUGGCACAUCCGGCUAGAGAUAGCCAUAGAGACUGCAAGUGCAUUGACAUAUCUCCAUGCUUCGGAUACCAUCCACCGUGAUGUGAAAACCAACAACAUCCUCCUCGACAAGGAUUUUCAUGUUAAGGUCGCCGAUUUCGGACUGUCCCGACUCUUUCCAUCCGAUGUCACACAUGUUUCCACUGCUCCGCAAGGGACUCCCGGUUACGUUGACCCCGAAUAUCACCAGUGCUACCAGCUUACUAGCAAGAGCGACGUAUUCAGCUUCGGGGUCGUAUUGAUCGAGCUAAUAUCAUCGAAACCGGCCGUGGACAUCACGAGGCACCGUCACGAGAUCAACUUGCGGAACAUGGCCAUCAACAAGAUUCAAAAUGGAGCAUUGCAUGAGCUGGUGGAUCCUUCCCUCGGGUUCGAAUCGAACAACAAGGUUAGGAGAAUGAUAACCGGAGUGGCGGAGGUGGCAUUCCGGUGCCUGCAAAACGAGAAAGACUUGAGGCCGACAAUGGCACAAGUGUUGGAGGCUUUGAUGGUGAUAAAGAAUGAUGAUUACAAGAAAGGAAACGCCGAAGAAAUGGAUAUGUUUCCUGCAGAGGAGGAAGGUGGAUUGUUGAAGAGUGGACCCAUGCCUCGUUCUCCAGAUUCUGUGAUGAUCAAAUGGGUUAGCAAUGGCAGUUCCACUACAACACCAAGUUUCUAAAUUUCCUGGCGAUAUAUAUAUAUAUACAUUGAAUGGUAAAUGGGAUGCAUGCAAACAUCAUGUGGAUAAGUCUUGAAUGAAUUCUUCAAAUUUUGAGCUAA